CAGCUCUCCAGGGAGAGAAGGCGGUGGGGAAGGGAGACGUCCUGGAAAUCCGUCCUGCCUCAUUCAGGAGAGCUGCAGGCUCGGGCUGGAGGGAGGGGGGCGUGUGUCUGUAAUCGGCAAGGAGUGGGCUCUGAUUGGUCAAGGGAGGCGAGGUGAAAGGGCGGCCAAGCUGAGGUUGUCGGCGGCGGCGGCGGCGGCGGCAGGAGCAGCAGGAGGAGGAGGCGGCGACGAGGAGAAUGAUGGCGGCAGCGGCCUCUCUGUGCCGGGCGGCGGCUUGGCAGCAGCGGCACUCUGCAGCUCUGGAGCGCUUGCUCGUGGCACCCACGUGUGUUACAAGGCUUUCAAGAUCAAGAUGGUGCCUUAUCUCUUCUCGUGGUUUGCACUCAACUGUGUAUGAUCCAAAUGAAAAGACCUUUGAGAAGCUUCUUAUUGCCAACAGAGGAGAAAUUGCCUGUAGAGUAAUUAAAACAUGCAAGAAGAUGGGUAUAAAAACAGUUGCUAUACACAGCGAUGUCGAUUCCAAUGCGGUUCAUGUGAAAAUGGCGGAUGAAGCAGUCUGUGUUGGCCCAGCUCCCACUAGUAAAAGCUACCUCAACAUGGAUGCUAUCAUGGAAGCCAUUAAAAAAACCCGGGCCCAAGCUGUACAUCCAGGAUAUGGGUUUCUUUCUGAAAAUAAAGAAUUUUCUAGGCGUUUGGAGUCAGAAGGUGUGGCUUUCAUUGGACCAGACAUGCUUGCUAUUCAAGCGAUGGGGGACAAGAUAGAAAGCAAAUUGUUAGCCAAGAAUGCAGAAGUCAAUACAAUACCUGGUUUUGAUGGCGUGGUCAAGGAUGCAGAUGAAGCUGUCAGAAUUGCAAGGGAAAUUGGCUACCCUGUCAUGAUCAAGGCUUCAGCAGGUGGUGGUGGGAAAGGCAUGAGAAUUGCGUGGGAUGAUGAAGAGACCAGGGAUGGUUUUAGAUUUUCAUCUCAAGAAGCUGCUUCAAGUUUUGGCGAUGAUCGAUUGUUAAUAGAAAAGUUUAUUGAUAACCCUCGUCACAUAGAAAUUCAGGUACUGGCUGACAAACAUGACAACGCAUUAUGGCUGAAUGAAAGAGAGUGUUCCAUUCAGAGAAGAAACCAGAAAGUAAUUGAAGAAGCACCAAGCACUUUCUUGGAUCCUGAGACACGCAGAGCAAUGGGAGAACAAGCGGUAGCUCUUGCCAGAGCUGUAAAAUACUCAUCUGCUGGAACUGUGGAAUUCCUUGUGGACUCAAAAAAGAAUUUUUACUUCUUGGAAAUGAAUACUAGACUUCAGGUUGAACAUCCCAUCACAGAAUGCAUUACCGGUCUGGAUCUAGUCCAAGAAAUGAUCCGUGUUGCUAAGGGUUACCCUCUCAGGCACAAACAGGCUGAUAUUCCCAUCAACGGCUGGGCAGUUGAGUGUCGAGUAUAUGCUGAGGAUCCCUACAAAUCUUUUGGCCUGCCAUCUAUUGGUAGAUUGUCUCAGUACAAAGAGCCACUGCAUGUGCCCAAUGUUCGGAUUGACAGUGGAAUACAGCAAGGAAGUGAAAUCAGCAUUUAUUAUGAUCCCAUGAUUUCAAAACUGAUCACCUAUGGAUCCAAUAGAGCUGAAGCUUUGAAAAGAAUGGAAGAGGCUUUGGACAAUUAUGUAAUAAGAGGUGUAGCGCACAAUAUUUCAUUACUGCGGGAAGUGAUAAUCCAUCCACGCUUUGUCCAGGGAGACAUCAGCACUAAAUUUCUUCCUGAUGUGUAUCCUGAUGGCUUUAAAGGACACAAGUUGACGGAUACUGAAAGAAGGGAGCUACUAGUAACAGCAGCGUCUUUGUAUGUGGCUGAGCAACUUAGGUCACAGAGAUUUCAGGGGACUCAAAGGGUUUCUAUUGUUCAACCUGAUGCAAGCAACUGGGAGCUGUCAGUCCAGCUGGGGGAGACAACUCAUUCAAUUACAGUUUCAUAUCAAGGGUCGACAUUCUUGGUGGAAGUUGAUGGAAUAAAACUUAGCGUGGCUGGUGAAUGGAAUUUGGCUGCAGCCCUGAUGUCCGUUACUGUGGAUGAUGUUCCAAGAACUGUACAGUGCCUUUCACGAGAUGCAAGUGGAAAUAUUAGCAUCCAGUUCCUUGGCACAGUAUACAAAUUACGAAUACUGACCAAACUUGCUGCAGAACUGAGCAAACACAUGCCAGAGAAAGUAGUGGAGGAUACCACAAGCAUCCUGAGAUCACCCAUGCCUGGCACAGUAGUGACAGUUUCUGUAAAGCCUGGAGACAUGGUUGCAGAAGGUCAAGAGAUCUGUGUGAUUGAAGCUAUGAAAAUGCAAAACAGUUUGGUUGCCGCUAAAACUGGCAAGGUGAAAGCCGUGCACUGUAAAGCUGGUGAGACUGUGGGGGAAGGAGAUCUGCUUGUGGAAUUGGAAUGAAACCAUUUCUGUCACAUCUCACAAUUGGACUAGCACCUGGUAUCUCCAUCACAAUUUCAAAUGGAUGUUAACCUAGCAAGGGAACUGUGUGAACUCAAAUGCCGCUGUGUUUGGGUUUGUUUUUUUUAAACAAUCUAUAUUGCACAAGAGGCUAUGGGGCCCUAAGGUUUAGCCUGAACAGGCUUACAUUAAAAUUGUCUCUGGAUCUCAGAUUUCUCUUCUUUAUAAAUAUCUGUACAUAUGAGAUUUGUACUUCACUUCUACAGUUCUACUGGUAUCGAACAAAAAAUUAAAUAAAACUAAACAUUUUGGCAUAAGAA